UCUUCCCAUUCCACCGAGGUUGGAACUUGGGUGGCACAAGGCAGUCGCGAUUCGACCGCGGCGCGAUUCGGACGUCUGUCUCGUUACACACAAUUCCCGCCUUUCGUACAAAAACGAUUUACACAUCAAUCAAGGGACACAAUGGAUACCGUGAGAAUUACAGUUGAGGCGAUGCUCCUGUGAUGACCCAAGGACGCGAGCCCUUGACCAUAAUGGACGGCAAUCUUCAGACUGACUUCUCUACGAAGACCAAGCGAGGUGUCUACCUCUCUAAGAGCCUCACAUUUGUCAUCCUCAUCAUAUUCGCUCUAGCACUUAUCGCUACAGCUUUCAUAGUGUAUAAUUUCGCAGCUUGUCCUAGGACUGAUCAAUUAGCAAAUGUAACGAAAUUCGAAUUAUCACAUUGUGAACAAUCAAAGUUACUAGUGAUACCGUUAAGUACAGAAAAUAGUAAAAGUGUUUUACCAGUAGAAAGUACAACAAAACAUAUCGAUUCAACUACCAAGGGUGACGAGAACGCUGUGACUGACGUCAGAUUACCCACUAACAUCAAACCUGAUCGCUAUUAUCUUAAAUUAACACCUUAUAUCUUUGAAGGCAAUUUCACAUUCGAUGGCGAGAUUAGUGUCAUUAUAACAGUUAAAAAUAAAACUAAUACAGUCACAUUUCAUGGUGUUGAAUUGAGUUUUCAUAGAAUAGAACUGUACAAGAAAGAAGACGGGAAGGCAAUCUUGAUUACGAGACGCGCGGUGGACGUUCCGAGACAGUUUCACAUCAUAAGUACUGCGGAACCUUUGAUAGCGGGACAACAAUAUGUCCUAAAUAUUACUUACCGCGGUAUAUUAAAUGAUAAUCUUCAUGGAUUCUAUAGAAGUUCGUACGAAGAAAAGAAAGUCAAAAGAUGGAUAGCCGUAACCCAGUUCCAAGCAACGGACGCCCGCCGCGCUUUUCCCUGCUGGGACGAGCCCGCACUGAAGGCUAAAUUCACAAUCAGCAUCGCCCGGCCCAGCAACAUGACUUCGGUUUCAAAUAUGAAUAUUGUUGGCAAAGAACCACAUGCGAUAUUAAAGGAUUACGUCUGGGAUCACUACGCGGAAUCUCUGCCUAUGUCGACGUAUCUCGUCGCUUUCGCCGUCACCGAUUUUGCUAACAUGAGUGACAAUAACUUUUCGGUAUGGGCAAGAAAGGAGGCGCUACCCUCAGCUGCGUACGCACUAGCUAUUGGCCCGAAGAUACUGUCAUUUUUAGAAGAAUACUACAAGAUAAAGUUCCCGUUGCCGAAGAUUGACAUGAUUGCGUUACCGGAUUUCAAAGCUGGAGCGAUGGAAAAUUGGGGCUUACUCACGUUUAGGGAAAUAGCAAUGCUGUACGAUAAUGGGGUUUCUCCAACUACAGCAAAGGCACGUGUAGCGGCAGUGGUUGCCCAUGAAAUCGCCCAUCAGUGGUUCGGAAACCUUGUCACGCCCGCAUGGUGGUCGGACAUAUGGCUUAACGAAGGGUUCGCAAGUUACGUUGAAUAUGUCGCCGUUGAUGCCGUUGAAAAAAGUUGGAAGCUAAUGGAAAUUUUCAUACUUAACGAAGUUCAAAGCGUUUUUAAGUUAGACGCUUUGACAUCAUCUCAUCAAAUAUCAGUUGAAGUUGGAAAUCCGGAAGAAAUCGGGGCUAUAUUCGAUAAAAUUUCUUAUGGCAAAGGUUCGGCAAUACUUCGAAUGAUGAAUCAUUUCUUAACCGAUGACGUAUUCAAUGCUGGCAUAACUGAUUAUUUGAAUGCGAAAAAGUUCGGAGAUGCAGAACAGCGUGAUUUAUGGAGUGCUCUCACCAAUGCUGCUAGAGAGAAAGACGCUUUUGAUGCUGACGUUGGCGUUGUCAUGGAUUCUUGGACUUUGCAGACUGGUUUUCCUGUACUUACUAUUAUUAGAGACUAUAAAAGUGGAUCAAUUACAUUUAGACAGGAAAGAUUUGUCUUAAUAAAUGACACUUCGUAUGAACACAAUUCAUCAGUGUGGUGGAUCCCUAUAUCUUAUACUACAGCUUCUGAAAAAGACUUCGAAUCAACCCGACCCAAGCUGUGGCUCAGAGGUGAAAGAUCUAUUGUAGUCGACAAUAUAUCCGUGAACGAAAAAGAUUGGUUCAUAGCUAACAUUCAGCAAACAGGCUUCUACCGAAUUAACUACGACCAGAACAACUGGAAAAUGUUGAUAAAAGUUCUAAACAAUCCAUCUCGCUUUGAAGAAAUACACCCAAUCAAUAGAGCUCAAAUAAUCGACGACGCUAUGAACCUUGCUCUUUCUGGGCGUCUCGAUUACAAAACAGCUUUGGAUAUAUCUAGUUACUUGUUCCAUGAGAGAAGCUAUGUGCCCUGGAAGGCGGGGCUUGUAGCUUUGGGGUACAUUGAUACGAUGCUGUCGAAGGGAGCGUAUUAUCUCGAGUAUAAGAGUUACGUAUUACGUCUCUUAAGCGGCGCCGUUCAGGAUCUUGGGUGGGAAGUAUCUGCGAAUGAGAGCGUAGUUCGAGCUCAGCACAGAGCGGACAUGCUUUCUACAGCUUGCCAUCUCCAGCAUGUGGAUUGUUUGGAACACGCUGUCAGGAUGUACACGAACUGGAUGUUGACCCCCAACCCCGAUGCGUAUAACGAGAUACACGCAGAUAUUAGAAGUACUGUGUAUUGCGUCGGGGUUCAAGCGGGAGGCGCGAGGGAAUGGCGUUUUGCAUGGGAUCGUUUUAUGGUGGCGAGUGCUCCUUCUGAGAGGGAACUACUACUCUCAGUGUUAGGAUGUACCAGGGCACCAUAUCUGUUAUACAGAUAUCUUGACUUAUCGCUUCGAAACGACAGUGGAAUACGUAAACAAGACACAGUGAGGGUAUUUUCAGCAGUCGCUAGUUCUUCUAUCGGAGAACCAAUUGCUUUCAACUUUGUUAGAGCUAAUUGGCAAAGACUUAAAGAAUAUGUCGGAUCUGUCUCUACCCUCAACUCUAUACUCAAAGUUGUCACCAGGAGACUGAAUCAAGUUCAUGAAUACGAUGAGUUAAAGAGGUUCGUCGCAACAUCUUGCAGUGACCUUGGACGACCUGUGCAACAAGUACUGGAACGAACUGCAGCGAACGUACAGUGGAUGGAAAAGAAUUACCAAACAAUCGUCAACUGGCUCUUAAAAGCAGACAAAUCUCUACCCCAUACUACAGAUGCGUGAUCGAUUGCACUGAUUUCCUACUUGUGAUUAAUUUAGCAUAAUUCUCGAAUACUAACUAAGUACGUUCAUAAUUUAUACGUAUUCAAUUGUUAACUUUAGUAUGAUACAGAUCGGUGUAAUGAAGUAAUCGUAGUUGGUAAUACA